CUUUAAGGAAUUUCCUCUCAUCCCUGCACGUAAUGUCAUUUUAAAAGGCGGGGCCAGCGGAGUCAGCCUGUCAGGAGGGUGUAUAUCCAUUGUUUCUACCAAGGGCUUUUUCCUCUCUCUCCGAUCUGAUUAUUUUACGGGCAGCUCCGGCUUAAGGGAAGGCAAGAUGGCUGAGCUCGGGAAGGGAGUGUCUGCGGGCAAAAUAGCCAGCAACAUGCAGAAGAAACUCACCCGGGCCCAAGAGAAGGUACUUCAGAAACUGGGAAAAGCCGAUGAAACGAAGGAUGAGCAGUUUGAGCAGUGUGUGCAGAACUUUAAUAAACAGCUGACAGAAGGUUCCAAACUCCAGAAGGAUCUCAGAGCCUAUUUGGCAUCAGUAAAAGCAAUGCAUGAGGCCUCCAAGAAACUGACAGAAUGUUUGUUGGAUGUCUAUGAGCCGGACUGGCCAGGGAGGGAAGAGACUAACAAAAUUGCAGAGAAUAAUGACCUGCUCUGGACUGAUUAUCAUGAGAAGCUGGUGGAUCAGGCCCUGCUCACAAUGGAUACCUACCUCGGCCAGUUCCCUGAUAUUAAGUCACGCAUCGCUAAGCGCGGGAGGAAACUGGUAGAUUACGACAGCGCCCGGCAUCACUUUGAAUCCCUACAAAAUGCGAAAAAGAAGGACGAAACGAAAAUCGCCAAGCCGGUGUCGUUGCUUGAGAAGGCUGCCCCUCAGUGGUGCCAGGGAAAAAUCCAGGCCCAUCUUGUAGCUCAAACUAAUCUGCUGCGAAACCAGGCCGAGGAGGAGUUGCUAAAAACCCAGAAAGUGUUUGAAGAGAUGAACGUUGAUUUACAGGAGGAGCUGCCUUCUCUGUGGAAUAGCCGUGUUGGUUUCUAUGUCAACACAUUCCAGAGUGUCGCUGGGCUGGAAGAGAAUUUCCAUAAGGAGAUGGGCAAGCUGCACCAGAACCUCAAUGAAGUGAUGGUGAAUUUGGAAUCAGAACAAGGAAACCUCUCAACAAACUCCUCCAACAUUAAAGUUCAGCCAAGAAAGAAAAUGAACUUGUUCUCCCGCCUGAGGAUAAAGAAGGGCAGUGAAACAACACCCACGAAAACGAACAAGAGCCCAUCUCCACCUGCUUUCGAUGGACCACCAGCUGUCUCUGAAACAAAGAAUGUCAACCAUGAUUUUGAAGCACCUUCUGCAGCUGCUGAGGAGACACCAGCUUUGGCCAUAUCCAAGUCACCUUCACAGCUGAGGAGAGGCCCUCCAGUUCCGCCUCCACCAAAGCUCACGCCAUCCAAGGAUAUCAAGCAAGAGAAUAUAAUCAGUCUGUUUGAUGACAAUUUUGUGCCAGAGAUAAGUGUGACCACGCCUUCACAGUUUGAGGUUACCUGGCCUCAGACUCAGGAGCCCAGCUUGCUAGACCUGGAUUUUGAUCCCCUUAAGCCUGAUUCCGGUACGGGGGUUUCAGCGAGUGCCCAGUCGCUGCCGUGGGAUUUGUGGGAGAGCUCGUCAGGCAAUGUGGACCAGUCUCAAGGAGGAAACCCUAGUGAUAGCUCUUUUGUUGUUGACUGGUCCUGUCAGCCAGACGAGGAUGAGUCCAGCCAACCAGUGGAACCGGCCCCAGUCCCCGUGCCUGUAAAUGAACCGGCCAAGAAGGAAACUGAAGUCAAAUUUGAAUCUUCUCCAUCUGAAGAGGUGUCUGAUAAGUCCCCGAGCUCUCUUCCUGCUGUGGUGGUGGAAACCUUUUCUGCCACAGUCAAUGGUACUGUGGAGUCCAGUCCUCCAAAAGCAGAGAUGCCCCCUGGCUUCUUGUAUAAGGUCAGAGCCCAACAUGAUUAUGUUGCAACUGAUGGCGACGAAUUAAACUUGAAAGCCGGCGACUUGGUUCUGGUGACUCAGUUUGAAAAUCCAGAUGAGCAAAAUAAAAAGUUGGAAGGCGUAUUUAGCAAUAAAAAGGAUGACGGCUGGCUCAUGGGAAUUAAAGAGACGGACUGGCUGCAGAACAAGCCAUAUGAACAGCACAGAGGGGUCUUCCCAGAGAACUUUACAGAUAAGAACCUGUGAGAAGAGAGAGGACUCCUUUCUCCAUGUGAUUUCAAGCUAAUUUUCUGUGAAAAUGAAGAACACCUGCCCUAUAAACAAAGUGAAAAGGAAUCUUUAUCCUAAGUGUCCACUUAAAGGUCCAGUUUUCUUACAGAUCUAAAGUUGCAAAUUAGAAUCCGUCCCGUUGUCAGGAACGGUGAAACGUUUAGUUCCUAUCCCACAGCUGAGCAACCAUAACUUCAGAUUUACCUGAUCCAAAAACAAACAAACACCUGAACUGUAUAAAGAGCAGGAAAUGCACCAUAUUAGGACAGUCUCAACACCCGGUCUGUAACAAAUGUAAUGCACUGACUAGCUAAUCUCUUGGUGUUCUCAUAGAGGUAGGAUUACUCAUGGUACCGUACAUGGGCUGCAUUAGACUGUCAUUACUCCAUAAAUAAGUACAGUCAGGUGCAAUAUUUUCCCCUUCAAAUGUUGGUGGUUGUUUCUGUAAUCUUCGGCAUCCUCUAGACAAGAUUAGGGUGGUUCCUGUGGGUGCCACGUUGACACGUUGUAUUGUUUUCUGUCUCAUGCAAGAAAUUGUCGGUUUUUGGCUUGUUAAUCGUUACUCUUUGAGACUUGAAAUCUAACAAUAUUAUAUUUCAUCUUGUCGUUGGCUGGUUAGUAUUGGACUUUAACAUUAAACAUUUGUCCACCAGUGCUCUUCUCCAAUGUGUAUCAAAUUGCUGUGAAGGCUCCGUUUUUAUAGCCAUUUCAUAUUAAAUCCCAUUCUUGUGCUCAUCAAUGUUCCACAAGCCGCGUUCACAACUUGCCCCUUUAAAUACAGACACCUAUGUGCUGCAUUUACUUUCCCUGUUAUGGAGCUGCUGCAUCUUUGAGGCACCUAAAUCAGUUGCAAUGGUAAUUUGAUUUCCCUGGCUGCUUAAAUACUUGAGUUAUUAAAAGCCCCUAUCUCUUGAUAAGUUUGUCCAUUAGAACUCUUGUAUGGGAUCAUUAGAGACUGUGCCAUUUUGCUUUUAGAUGGAGCCUACAUUGUGCCCAUUUAAUUUGGAUUUUUAUUUGGGCCAGAGUUUUAAUAACUGCGGCAUAAAUAUAGAAGAUAAUGAUAGUCUCUAAGGUCCAGACACGGCUGGCCCUCUGAGUAUAUGAGACUGGGGGGCUGUACAUUAAAAGAACCAAUAAUAAAAAGCUAAACCACAUCAUUUAGUCUUUGAAUCCAAAUAAUAAUUUAUAAUAUAGAAGAUAAAAUUCAUCAUAUUCUGUUUAUUUACAGCUAUUGAGUAUUAGAAACAGAAGAUCAAACAUUUCCCAGAGGGUUUAAUACCCUCUCCACCCUUACCCUCUACAUUCAGAAUCUGAAAUUUCAAAUUAAAGGUAGCAGUAGGUAGCAAGUUAGUUUUUUUUUUAUUGUUUGUGUUUUUGUUGACUUUGGAAAUAGAAUUGUGGUUUUAUAAUGUGACAGUGAGUUCUUUGAGAUAACUGUGUAUGGUUUAGGCAAGGGAUAUGAAUGUGUAGUUGCUAGCAGCAGAGCCUCACCAUAGAACAUAGCCAUUUCCUGAAUAAUUCUAGUAUUGUUUUUUUUCCACAUAACCGCUAUAAAUAGUGAUACUGACAGAAUGAAGGACUGCAUUGGAUAUAGUGGAUAUAGGUAUUGACAAUGCUGCAUUAGCUAAUGGAUGAUGGCUUGUUAAAUGGAAAUUUAUACUUUUGUGUUUAAUCCUAUUUACUUUUUUUUAUUUAAAUAUAACCUAAAAUAAAUUUAAAAAAACAUAGGUUCCACCUAAAUUGUACUAAAUUGUUUUUUGCUGGUUCACUAAAGUAGGCAGGCUUCCUCCCACAUGUAUAAAUACAAAUACACAGUUGAGGAAUUUGCUCAGCACACAAUAUAUAUAGUCUAUGCCCUCAGACUAUUAAGUUUAACAAUAUGGCAGCUCUGACUUAUGUGUGUAAAUAACAUUAAAAUUAAAAGGUAUGUUCUGUAAUAAGAAAAAGCCGCAGUGUACGGUCUAAGGGAAACCAUAAAGAAUGAAGACGUGAAAUUCUUAUUUAUAAGCGUUUAUCUUUUACGCAUGUUCCUUCCACUGUACCAUAAAUUGUCCUAUUGCAUUUUAUAGAGCAGGGUAAGUAGCUAUGCUGGCAUAGUUUCAUGGUUUCAUAUAUUAUAGGCGAUGAAAUUCCUUAAGAUUUUCCUGUUGCACAUAGGAGACAAUUGGUUCCUAGCAGCAGACAUCUUUUACCUUGCCAAUGAUUUGCAUGGGAUUAUAUAAAAACAUGAGGGCAUUAAGGAACUUUGUGGCCAAACAACCUGCAUAAUCUGUACCGUGAGGCAGAUUAGACAAGGACUCACAUGACUUGUUCUUAUUUUGCAUUACUUACAGCACUGGGAGUUGUAGUUGAAGCUCAGGGGGGGGUGGCCACUGGUGGCUCAUUCUUCAUUUUAACUAUAAGGUGGAGACGGCUGUGUCAUCUCUGCCGUUUCUGCUUCUAAAGGGAAUAUUAAAAAUUCAUGUGGAAAAAAAAAAAAAAAUCUUCCUUAAAAAGAGAUACAGGUUGGAUGUAUUAAAGACACCAUAGAAUAUUCCUUUCUGUAGAUUAAAAAACAGAUUAGGAGAUGAAUGGCCAAGCCCUUAAAUUGCUCAGACCUGAUCAAAAUGGAAUCCAGUAUUUCAAAUUCUGCCUUUCAUUACGGUGGACAGAUCAGAGGGACCAAGAGAUUCUAUACAAAUUAAUGAUUGUUCGGAGAUGUGACUUGUACGAAAUUCUUCUCUGUAGUGUCUUCUGGAAUGGCAAAUGUGAUAGUGGCCUUCUGAGUCAUUGAAUUUACAAGGCAAAAAGCCUUUGACUUAAUAAAGAGUGGCCCACCAAAGGAGACGGCUCCAAAUUUGCUCCAUUAGGGUGACCAUCAUAUUGGAUACAGUAGGACAACACUCUUUCUAAAAGACAGUCCUUCUGCUGUUUCUUUAAAAUUGUAGCAUGCCCAUUGCCGUAAAAGCCUUGAUCCUUGUAGUCCAAAACAGUCUGACAUCCCACCAAAAGAAGCCACAAUUUUGAACCAAAUGCAUGAUUUCCUACAAUUAUUUGCAAUCCACCUUCUAUUUACAGUAUGAGGGUAUAGCCAUGUGCCCAGAAUUAUUUCCUGUGUAUUUGUAUUUAAAGUGAUAGGUAGGGAUUGUAGUAGGCAGUAAACUGCCUGCCCUUAACUGAGACUUAGUUCGAAAGCCAUAUUAAAAGAAUCAGUUAUUUAUUACCACCAGGGGGCUACUGCCAGCAUUCUGCCAAGGCAAUGGGAGCCUCUGUAUCAGUACAAAUAACCAGUGAAUACAUCCCGUGUAUAUAAUCAUGUAAUGUAUAUACCUCAUCGAAUUAGUGCCCUUGAAUACCAUAUAUUUUUCCCCAAUUCCCCUCUACAGAUGUAUUUGGAUUGUACUGAAAGAAAAAAGUAUCACUUCCAAAACACCUCAUUACACCCGUUGUCUGACAGGACUUCUGCCUUAGGAGAGGGAGUAACUUUAAAGAAACUGUACCUUUAAGGAUUCAUUUAAAAGAUAAAAAAGUGUAUUUUUUAGGCAAAUAUUAAAAGUUGCUAUUUCAAACUGGGACUGAUAUCGAUACUGUGUUCUAUUUUUUUGUGUUACGUUUCAAAAGUGAAAGAUAUUGAAAAAAUACCUAUUUUAAUACUGUUGAAAGACAAAAUGCUGCAUGAAUUUAUUGUGAUUAGCUAGUAAACAAGAUAAACGUGAUAUAUAUUUAAAGAGAAACAAAGAGGUGAGAAUUCUAUUGUUCCCGUUAGGCUCCUCCCUCUCUCUCCCCAUUGGUGACAUUUCCUAGGUAUUUACAGAAUUUUGUCCAGUUUUGUUACCUUGAUGGACAACACUCCUGAGUCCUUUAUUUCUGGAUUGCGAAGGUGCAUUUUGUCUAUAAAGAAACAUUUGUGAUCAUUCAUCCUGCAUUAUAAGGGGCCUGUUUCCUGAGCAACUCUGCCCAUCAAUUGCUUUAAUUUUUCUUUUGUUUAUCAGAUUGAAUGCACCUUCAUGUGACUUAUAUAUAUAUAUAUAUAUUUUUUUUUUUACUGCUGCAAUGAUAUCUCUCCUCAACACCAGUGUUCCCUCUUGAUAUUGUGUUGUUACAAAACCAGCCUGUAGGGGAGUCGGAAAUAUCCUGCCUCCUAUUUACUGUAGGUACUCUGCUUUACUUGAAUAUCAGUAGAGUCCACAGGCUGCCAGGCCCUAUGGAAUACUUGUUACCAUGACACAUUGUUUUUCUGGUUGAGACAAUAUAUUGGGCAUAUAUAUAUAUAUGUUAACUAUAGCCUUGGCUGGAAUCCUGUAUUUAUGACCAUCGCUCAAUAAAAGUCACCCAGCAAUUUAA